AUGUCGUCUCGACGUCCUACCCCAGGCCAAGCCGCCCAAAACACGCAGGCAAUCAAGACUUUGCUGAAACUCGAGCACAACAAGAUAUGUGCCGACUGUAAACGGAACAAGCAUCCGCGAUGGGCUUCCUGGAACCUGGGUGUCUUUGUUUGCAUUCGGUGCUCGGGCAUUCACCGGGGUAUGGGCACGCAUAUCAGCCGAGUCAAAUCCGUGGAUCUCGAUUCGUGGACCGAUGAACAACUUCAGAGUGUUGUGAGAUGGGGCAAUGGAAGAGCCAACAAAUACUGGGAAGCAAAGCUGGCACCCGGCCACGUUCCCUCCGAUGCGAAAAUCGAAAACUUCAUCCGGACAAAGUACGAAAGCAAGCGAUGGGUAAUGGACGGUGGGAUUCCGGACCCCUCAACUCUAGAUGACGGCGAUGACGAUGUGCCUCUUGCGGUUGUACAGGAGAAAGCAAAAAUUGAACGUUCCGCUUCGCAAAGAGCCGCCGCUGCCAGUCAGCCCCCGGUACACCGUCAACAAGCCUCGAUUGAUUUGUUCGGCGAUGAUAUCUCUCCUCCGAAUCGCCCUAGCACAACCGAACCUGCUCCGCGUCUGCCACCUAGACAAGCACAGCCCGCACCAGCCAAAAUUCACAAACCCAAUGAUUCAUUGCUAGGUCUUGACUUCUUCGGUAGCACCCAGCCUUCUACUGGUAGUCGCCCGUCUAGCACAACAUCCACACCAGCAACACCAGCCGGAAUGUCUCGGCCAGACCUUAAACAGUCAAUCUUGUCAUUGUACUCGAAGCCGCAGCCGGCAUCAACCGUGCAGCACCAGCGGGGCAACUCCUUCGGCGACAUGGCCUCCCCUCCUGCCCCCUCCGCUUCGUCUCACAUGGGCGGUCUUACGGACGCCUUCAGUGGACUGAGCUUCCCGACCACUACUUCUCCUCCACUCGCCAAACCGGCUGAGAAGCCAUCGGCAUUCUCUAAUCUCUCAUCCUUCGGCGGCGCCAAGUCGACCCCUGCUGCCCCGAAGGUUACAUCACCCUCGGGUUCUACGGGCGACUUCUUCGAUAGCUUCACUUCCGCAACCGUGUCAGCCCCGAAGUCUCAGUCCCGAACAACUUCCAUCUCCAGUGGGCAAGAUUUCGGAUUCGGUGGAUUUACUUCUCCAACUGUUAAGCCUAACCCUCCAUCAUCGUCCCUGUCAAAUGACUUGUUCGGAUUUUCUUCGCCUACUACAAAAGCCUCAACGGUCCCACCCCCGAAGCCUACUGCAACCUCUCCUCGGCAGGAAAUGAGAUCUGCGUUUAAUAUUUCUGCUCCCCCAAUGCAGCCUCCUGCCCCCUUGAAAGCGCCAGCCACCAGCGCUGCGAACGCAGCAGCAGCCAGCAUGAUGUCUGGAAGCUUUGAUCCAUGGGGCGGGAACGCGUGGAGCACACCUGAUCAUGCCUCAUCGCAUCAUGCCGUACCCUCGCCUGCAUCUAUGAUGAAGGUACCAGAUACCUUGACUCCGAACGACGUGGGCCACGGCUGGGGCGCACCCAGUGCUGCUGCUUCUAAGCCUGCACCCACUGUGGCUGCGGACGAGGACUUCGGCGGCUGGGCCAGCGCUGCCCCGGUCUCCCACCCUACCUCUACAAGCACAAAUAACAAGUCUAGUGGAUUUGGCGGAUCUGACGACCUCUUUUCCAACGUUUGGGAGUAG